CAAAGCCUGACAACGUUUUCUUCUUCUAAAGAUCAUCGCCAGAGCGCCAAGAAAUGGCCUCUGCAACUUCAGGACCGAACCAUAAGAAUGUGUACCACAUCGGAGGCAUUCAAGUGGAAUUCCCCUACCGACCGUACGGGUCGCAGCUUGCGUUCAUGGGCCGCGUCAUAUCCACGCUGGAUCGAGCCCAGAGAGAGGGCCACUGCCAUGCGCUCCUAGAGUCCCCGACCGGUACCGGCAAAUCGCUAUCGCUUCUCUGCUCGAGCCUCGCAUGGCAGCAGAACUAUAAGUUGAAGAAUCAGUAUGGGAAUCUUUCUCAGUCGAAGCCUGCUCCGGAGGCGGUCACGGAUCCUCUGGCUUACGGUGGCGGAUUUGUUCCGGAAGUGGAGCCUUCAGGUAACCCAGGGUCAGAAAUUGUGGAGCCAGCUCAAUCUGCAGCAAAAACCAAGAACCAAAAGAAACCGACAACACCUACCAUUUAUUAUGCAUCGAGGACACAUUCACAAAUUUCUCAAGUGAUUCGUGAAUACCGGAAAACUGCUUAUCGAGUGCCAAUGGCAGUUUUGGCAUCACGAAAGCAUUAUUGCACAAACAAGCAUAUUCGUGGGAAAGAUAAUAUUGAUGAAGAAUGCAAAUUGCUUUUGAGUAAUCGAGAAGUAGGAUGCCCAGAAUUUAAAAAUGUACACAAAGUCAAAGGUCAUCCAUCCCUUCAGAAAGGAGGUUGCCAUGAGGCCCAUGAUAUAGAAGAUCUUGUAAAAGUUGGGCAAGUUGUGAAAGGUUGUUCAUAUUAUGCAGCACGUUCAAUGGCAGAUGAUGCACAAUUAGUUUUCUGCCCAUACAACUACAUCAUUAAUCCAGUCAUCCGUGGAGCAAUGGAAGUGGAUAUUAAAGGAGCCAUUGUGAUUCUUGAUGAAGCCCACAAUAUAGAGGAUAUUGCUCGUGAUGCUGGCAGUGUGGAUGUUGAAGAAGACGUUUUGCAUAAAUUGCAGAUGGAACUAGAGCAACUCUGCGGAGUUGAUGUUUUAACUUAUCAACCUUUACAUGAAAUGACACAGGACCUUAUUAAUUGGAUUGAGCGGAGGAAAAUUACAUUAGAAAAGCAUGAGUUUCAACAUCACGUCUCCUGUUGGACCGGUGGUAAGGCUUUGAGAGAGCUCCAAGAAGCUAAUAUUUCACAGCAGUGCUUCCCAAUCUUGCUAGAAUGUGCCACAAAGGCAAUCAAAGCUGCUUCAGAUGCAGAAUCAGAUGUAGCACAUUUAAGUGGCAUGUCGGUGAUGACCCUGGAAGGAUUAUUCUCUUCUCUAACUUAUUUUUUCUCUAGAAAGGGGUGUCACACUUUUGAUUAUCAGCUGGCUUUACAACGAUACAUUAAAAGAGAUGCUGGAAAAGCUGGCAAUUGGACACACACUCUAAGUUUGUGGUGCCUGAAUCCAGCUGUUGUUUUUAGAGAUAUUGCUGAUCUUUCGCUGUCAGUCGUGUUAACAUCAGGGACUCUGUCACCAAUGAAUUCUUUUUCAUCCGAGCUUGGAGUUCAGUUUGGUACUUGUCUGGAAGCUCCACAUGUAAUUGAUGUUGAGUCACAGGUGUGGCCUGCUAUAAUCUCCACUGGCCCGGGUAAUUAUCCACUGAAUGCAAGUUAUAAGACAGCAGAUGCAUAUGCAUUUCAGGAUGCAGUCGGAAGAUCUUUAGAGGAGAUUUUUAAGAUUGUUCCAGGCGGCUGUCUAGUGUUCUUUCCAAGUUAUAAGCUAAUGGAGAAACUAUGCAAGCGUUGGUGUGAAACUGGCCAAUGGUCACAACUAAAUGCAAAAAAAUCCCUUUUUGUUGAGCCAAGAGGAGGAAGCCAAGAUGAUUUUGAGCAUGUUUUGAAAGGUUAUUACGACUCAAUUCGUCAAGGAAAUAAACCUGUUUUGGGGAGAAAACGACGGGCUAAGAAAACAGGCCUUAAUCAUGUAAAUGCAGUUGAGUCCCCUGAUAAUUCCAAGGAAGGAGCUGCAUUUCUUGCAGUUUUCCGAGGAAAGGUUUCCGAGGGAAUUGACUUCUCAGAUGAUAAUGCUCGGGUGGUUAUAAUUGUUGGAAUUCCUUUUCCAAACAUAAAUGAUAUUCAAGUUGCAUUAAAGAAGAAAUAUAAUGAUACACAUAAAUCAUCCAAAAGUCUUUUAAGUGGGAAUGAAUGGUACUGCCACCAAGCCUUCCGAGCCCUAAAUCAAGCUGCAGGACGUUGCAUACGACAUAUGUUUGAUUAUGGAGCCAUCAUCCUAUUAGCAGAUGAGCGGUAUCACGAAGAAAGGAAUAGAGCAUACGUAUCAAAGUGGCUCAGGAAUUCAAUUAGACAAUAUGAAAGAUUUGAAGUAUCAAUGGAGGGAUUAAAAUCUUUUUUCAAGGAUGUCAAGGAACGGAUAGGGAAGAGUACAAUAAAUGUCUUGCAGAAUAUUGACAAUAACGAAGAAAAGUCUGAAAGUAUGAUUGGGAAGGGUCAAAGUGAAGAGUUUGGAAGAAAGGAAAGUCGGAAACUGAACAAGUCUGAUCAUUGUGGACAAAAAGUAAUUCCUGUGAAAAAUUAUGACGCUUCCCCUUGUGGGCAGAAAUCUCAUGGAGAUGCAGAAGUUCAUGCAUCUCUGAAAGUGGAUGAGGGCACUAACUUUGCAUAUAUUGAUCUUGAAUGCAGUUUUCAGAAAGAAACAAGGUGUACAGAGGCUUUAUCCAUGUCUUUCUCUCAUGAAGAUCCAGAGGUUUCUCUUGUCAAGGAAACCCCAUGUACUACAGCUAGUCCAGGAUCCUUCCUUAAGGAUGAUUAUUCUAGCUCAACCAUAAUUGAGGCUUCCACAGAGUUUUUAGAUCAAGUAUCGGUUCCCUCAAUUUGUUUAUCUUGUCCAGGCAAAGCUCUUUCUGAAACCCAGUGUUCAGUUGUAGUUACUCCUGAUAAAAAUAUCACUAUGAACACCUGCAGCGUUACGCCGGAAAUAGAAUCUUAUUUGAAUUUGAGUGUCAAUUCUCAUACCCAAAAACGGAGAAAGUCCAUGGCAUCUCUUCAUAUUGACCUUACACAAGAUGAACAGUCUGAUGACCCCAGUGCUAAAACUCUUGUCUGUUCGAGUUUCAUGAGAAGCUCAAUGGCUAGCAGAGACUCAAAUCGCAGAAUUGAAUUUGGUUGUGAGUCUAAUUGUGCAGAUCAGAAAUUGAAAAUUUCAAAUGUUUCUCAAUUGCUCACAAACGAUGAUUAUGGCACUCCAUGCAUGUCUUCUGUUCCUGUGAUGGAGAAAAGACUAAAAGUUUCUUGUUCACUCUGCAAAAGCCCAUUGGGUCUUCCUGAAAAUGAUCUGUAUGUAAUGUGCUCGUUAACUUCAUCAUCGAAAUCUUACCCAGCAUCUCUUUUAAAUGAAAAUAUGAAAUGUUCUAUGGACACACCUAGAAGCAUACAAGUGUUCAUGACAGAUACAUCAUCUGUUCAUCCUGAACUCUGCUCCAGAACUAUUGAAGGUGCUCCAGGACACGGCAUUUGGCGUGAAGAAGAUGGGUGUGUAUUCAACACUAUUUUCUGUCCUUCCUGCAGGAACCCUUGCAUUUGUCUUGGUGUGCAGAUUGUGGCAACUGAUGCAUCAAAUGUUCAGUUACUUAACAAGAUAUUGCUUUACCCUGAGCGUUUGGAAAUUGAGAAUCUUGAAGCUUCAAGGGACAAGGUUACAAAGGGAAAGAAUUUCUUGUCGGUCAGUGGCUCUGGCAUGGAAAAAAUGGCCAUCUUGAGUUCUAUUGAUAAAUUCUCAUACUCCCCCCAGCAGAAAUUGGAAGGCUGGAGGACUACAAAAUCAAAGUUAAGACUACCAAAGAAAGGCCUGCUUUCCAGUGCAGAGGAUUGAUGCUGAAAGCAUACAGGAUUUCAAAAUGCACGUUUGGUUGCACAUUAUGUGUAUUGGGGAGAUGAUGUGCUUCUCCACACAAGAUGUUGCUUCUGAAAUUUGAAUUUCCAGUUGAUGAGCGUCACUGGAGCUGCCUUGAUAAUGCACAGAUUUGGCAUUGGGUUACAGGUGUAAUCUGUUUUUCUGAUAUAGUUCUGGAAGUGAAGCCACUGGCAAAUUACCUGGCAGCAGCUGAUCUAGCAAAGUAGCAAUCUUCCAAUGUCUCUAAAGGGGAGGUAUUUCACGUUGCAUUAUUAUGAUGAAUUUGGAAGCAUGUUGGAUUUAUGGCUUUGCAGUUCAUUAUAAGUUAAAGCCAGUUGGAUUGGGCAAACUUCAGUUUUCUGGUUGUAAUUUAAACGGCUAUGAAACGGGCUCAACAUUUGUAUCUCUGGCCUUUUGUUUAUAUCAACAAAGCUAAGGCAUUGUUUUUGUAGUAUUUUGGAAUUACUUUACAGAUUAAGAGCUUUUAGUCACGA